CUGCUGCAGGUCUGUUCUCUGUUCACUGAGUCAACUCAACUGAGCUCUUAUCAACAAGCUAGUAACUUAGCAGUGAGCGAUGUGACGAUCAACGCUAUCGGCGGAGCUGCAGCAACAAGAAAGCUAACAUGGACUAGCUGUCUUCCUGAAAAUUAUUUCCAUGCCGUGGAUCCUGUGAGCCGGUGCUGGUUAGCUGCUUCAUUCAUGCGGCCGUUGGUUCCCGGGGGAGUUUGAGCGGUGAGUGGCGGGCAAGCGCUGGAACAACACGGCUCACUCACCGAUGAGGAGCAUGGUGGUCCCGCAGCCUGGCAAUGGCAGUCAUCCCGGCCUUGCAGAGAGCUCCAAGUCAGGGUGCAAGGAGGAAGAAGACGAGGGGCAGGACCUGGCAGGGGUGGAGCUUGAGGAGGUCCAAAAGUUGCAGGAGCUUGUCCGAAGGUUGGAAGUCCAGAAUGAAACCCUGCGUAACAGGGGGAGCAAGACGAUCAUCCACAGAAGUGCCAGCAACAACAUCACAGCCGCUGCCAAUAUCAACCAGAGACUAACUUGUGAAGGGGUAAACAACUCUUGUCUCAGGUUGGAGCACAGCGGCGAGCUGGGCAGCACAGACUUUGAGCUGUCACCCCCACAGGACAGCAGCAGCAGCAGUGAGGAGAUGUCCCCUCUGCCUGUGGCCAGCAGGCUAGAAGAAGAGUCUAGCCUGGGUCCUUGUAGGGACUUUCUCACCUUGACCUGCAGCAACGUAGCGGGAGAGAGCCAGGGGCAAAGUCAGACGCCCGAGAGCCCCUCUCAGGAAAGUUACGAGUCCGAGACACUUGCAGAGAAUGACUCAGGAGUGGACCAAACUGCCCUGGAUGAGGUGGAUGUCCUAGAUUUGGAGGACGAGUGUGCAGAAGUAGAGGAUGAGGACAGCUGGUUAUAUGUGUCUCCUAAAAAACAACUAGCAGAUGCAGGUCCGGAGUCGCCAUUGAAAUGGUGUCGGCAGGCUCUUGACCAGCGCACCCCAGAGACAGAGUUGGCUUGUCGGACACUGAUCAGUCGUUUGGACCAGUGUAUGCAUGAAACAAACACCUCGUCUCGAUGGAGAAACAUGUACAGCAGCCCAGCAGCAGAGGCAGGCUCACCAGGCUCGGGCCCGAUCUCUCCCGGGUACCACAAAUCAACUAACAAAUCCCUACUAACCUGUGGCAGCUCAGGUGUCGCAACCAUUCACUCAGCCCUGAGCUCUCAGUCCUCUAUAGACAGUGAGCUCAGCACCUCGGAUGACUCCAUCUCUAUGGGCUACAAGCUACAGGAUCUCACUGACGUCCAGAUCAUGGCUCGACUGCAAGAAGAGAGUCUUAGGCAGGAUUAUGCUUCCAGCUCAGCGUCUGCAUCACGUCGCAGCUCCACAGCAUCUCUGCAGUCCCUGCGCAGGGGUGGCACCUACAGUGAUCAAGAAUUUGACACCUACAGCCUGGAGGAUGAGGAGGAUGAUUUCUGCUGCAUGCCACAACGAAGACACCGUUUCACCCCCUCACCCUCAGGCUCACCGCGGUGCCUGUCUCCCUCCACAUCCAACCAUGGUCAGGAAUACAGCGGUCGACUUGGGGCACCACGCGCAAGAACACCAAGGCGAUCUCUCCAGGGCCCCAGUGCAGAGCUGCUUAAAUUUGCCAAGAGUGAAGAGGAGUUGAGACACAGCAUGCCUAAUCUGGCCCCCCGCACCAGCCUACGUUCCCUGGAGGCAGUCAGAAACAGCCGCAGCAUGGAGGCUAACCUCCAGAGCUCUGGCAACCGCAUGUCCCACCUGACUCUCUCCCCUUCCACAGGUAUGGCUAGUAGCCGACUGCGUAGCAACGGUCAGUCUCCACUCUCCUUGCGGACUCCAGUUAAAGCUGUCGGUCCAGUGGGCUCCAUGGCAGCUGGCCGUCAACAUUCAAGAGGUCUGCCUGUCAUCCAAGGACCACCUGCAGUAGGGGGCCGCAGGGGCCAGUCCCCAGGUUCUGCUAAAGACGGAGCCCACAUACCUGGGCGAGCCUCAGCUGGGUCAGGGCGGCCUCCUGUGGGCCAAGGACAGGCCAUCUCAUUGGCAUCCACCAGAAGUAAACUUUCACAGCCCGCCAGAAGGUCUUUGGGUGUGACAAGAGUCUCGGAUGAAUCCUGGAAAGAUGGCUGCUACUGAGUCUGACUGGUGAUAAAGGAUGUUCACUGCUGUAGUCGUCACUGAACCCCUCAGCACAGAAAACACAGCCACUGUGUCCACACGUGUCGGACAGCCCUCCCCAUUUUGAACUGGAAUACUGGGCUGCACUGGAUUCAUAUUUGAAACUCAUUAAGUUCCUCUCGCAUGAAACAUUGUCAACCCACACACAGACUGUGUAGGCAGAAGAAAACAAAAGGCACACAUGCACACCCCUCAUGUUAUAUGGACCAACUCAGAGCUUCCAGAAGAUUUGUUUGUGUCAAUUAUCCUUUUUUUCUAUGGUAACCAUGAGAAACUGUUGGAAUUUAAAGGGUUGUUAUUAUUGUUCUGUAGAUGUAAUUGAUAUGAAGGCAAUUUAAGUGAAGAUGUUACUGGUUUGUCCUUUUUUGUGUGUGUGUGUGAAUUUCUACCAUAUGAAGGUGCUGAGUGUUGCAUGCUUGGUUUAGUUUUAUUAUUUCUAUCUUCGGCCUUUUUUCAAACAUUAUGUGACUGCAAUAUGACAAAUCUUCCAUGUGUCCCACAAAGAGCUGUGUUAAGUUUUUAAAUGUUUGGUGGUUGAUAGUGAAAUGAUCUUCAGUGUGCUCUAACGCAAUACAAGGUCUUUAAACUACAUUGACCUUAUAACUUUUUUUAAGUUUGUGUGCCAAGGUGCAUUUCAGCAACAACACUUUCUAAUUCCAUGUGUAAUCUUGAUUCAUCAAAGGUACUGUUAAUGUACUGAGUUUUUUUUUUUUUUUUACUGCAUAUCUAGAGGUGCAUUUGCUUUUGGAUACCACUGUAAUGAAGAACAUAUUUAUGCACGAAGGCCAUGUGCCUUACACAGCUAUGCACCCUCAUGCAGAGUGCCUCUGAAAAUUAGGAGCUGUUAUGAAAAAUGAUAAUAAAAUCUGCCCUGAUCCUUCUA